CGGGGCUUGCGCCUGCGCACUGCGCGGCGUCGGGCGGGGAGCAGGUUUAUAUUCGCGCGGUCAGCUGACGCUCUGCAUUGCAGACUGCGGAGUCAGGCGGCGCCAUGUACGCGGUCCUGUUCCUGGCCAGCCUCCUGGGCACUGCUCUAGCCGGCCCCGUCCCAGACCUGAGAAAAUGCUCCGGGGGCUCAGCCGUGCUGUGCCAGGACCUCAAGACGGCGGUGGACUGCAGGGCUCUGAAGCACUGUCAGCAGACCGUGUGGAGCAAGCCCACAGUGAAAUCCCUUCCGUGUGACAUAUGCAAACUGGUCAUCACCGAGGCUGGCGACGUGCUGAAAAACAAUGCCACUGAGGAGGAGAUCCUCACUUACCUGGAGAAGUUGUGCGACUGGCUUCCUAACACGAACCUGUCGGCCAGGUGCAAGAAGAUGGUCGACUCUAACCUCCCCGUCAUCCUGGACUUGAUUAAAGGGGAAAUGAGCCGUCCAGAGGAGGUGUGCUCGUCCCUCAACCUCUGCGAGUCUCUUCAGAAGCACCUGGCAGAGCUGAGCCACCAGAAGCAGCUGGAGGCCAACAAGAUCCCGGAAAUGGACAUGACUGAGGUGGUGGCGCCCUUUAUGGCCAACAUCCCCCUCCUCCUGUACCCACAGGAUGGCCCCCAGAGCAAGCCCCAGCCAAAGGCCAGUGGAGACGUCUGCCAGGACUGCAUGCAGAUGGUGACCGACAUCCAGACAGCCGUGAGGACCAAUUCCACCUUUGUGGAGGGCUUGGUGGAGCAUGCCAAGGAGGAGUGUGACCGCCUGGGGCCUGGCAUGGCUGACAUGUGCAAGAACUAUAUCAGCCAGUACUCUGAAAUCGCCAUCCAGAUGAUGAUGCACAUGCAGGAUCAGCAACCCAAGGAGAUCUGCGCGCUGGUUGGGUUCUGUGACGAGGUCAAGGAAGUGCCUCUGCAGACCCUGAUUCCCGCCAGAGUGGCCUCCGAGAACGUCCUCCCUGCCCUGGAACUGAUGGAUCCCCUCGAGGAGGAGCUGAUCCUGGCCCAUGCUAACAUGUUGUGCAAGGCGUGUCAAUUCGUGGUGAAGAAGGUGGCCGACUUGAUCAACAACAACAGCACCAUGGAAAAAAUCGUCCAUGCUUUGGAUACGGCGUGCUCGAUGCUGCCCAAGUCUGUGUCGACCGUGUGCCAGGAGGUGGUGGACACAUACAGCGGGUACAUCUUGUCAGUGCUUGAGGAGGAGCUGAACCCUGAGCAGGUGUGCAGAGAGCUCCGUCUCUGCUCCUCUGGCAAGGGCCAGCUCGAGAUGAUCGGCCGAAUCGGACUGCCUGAGCUGCCCCCGCUGCCCAAGUCGCCUGCGCUGCCCAAGUCGCCUACACUGCCCGCCCGGGUGACUCCCCUGAAGGACGGUCCCUUCUGUGAGGUGUGCAAGAAGCUGGUCGGCUACUUGGAGCACAACCUGGAGAAGAACAGCACCAAGCAGGAGAUCCUGUCCGCACUCGAGAAGGGCUGCAGCUUCCUGCCUGAGCCCUACCAGAAGCAGUGUGACGAGUUUGUGACCGAGUAUGAGCCCGUGCUGGUCGAGGUCCUCCUGGAGGUGAUAGACCCGUCCUUUGUGUGCUCGAAAAUCGGAGCCUGCUCCUCUGCCCGCAAGCUGCUCUUGGGAGCUGAGAGGUGUGUCUGGGGCCCCAGCUACUGGUGCCGGAACGCGGAGACGGCAGCCCAGUGUAAUGCUGUCGAGCAUUGCAAGCGUCACGUAUGGAACUAGGAUUCCAUCUUGGAGAAGCCGUAGCCUGUUUCCCUCCUUGUGUGUCUGGGGUAACGAACGCACAGACCUGUCGGUCGUAAGAGCAGGACCCUCCUUUUGACCACCCCGAUUUGUCUCCCUUAUUGUAGCAUUGCUGUCACGGGGGAGGUGUCUCCCCACCAACAUAGCUGCUUCAGUGUCCCCUCUGCUGGGGGGACACACUGGCCUGAGGUCUUGAGCCACCCUCUCAGCAGGGGCCUUGUUCUGAGCCCUGACAGGCUUGGGUGCUGGUAGGUUUGUGCUUCUGAGGUCACUUCCUGUCCCCUUUCCUGCUGUACAGAGCAGCCAGAGGCAGUUCAGAAGAAUUGGGUGUUUUAAAUAAUUCCUAUGGGGGCAGUGCAGAGACCUUGGAAGCCGCUACUGGUGGCCAGUGGGUGCGGUGGCCCCAGGUUGACCCUUGUUUUUGCUUUCCUGUCUUUUCCUGGGGAUACCUUGUUUAGGGUUCUGUGGGUUUGGGUUGGGAGGGGAAAUUUCACCUGAAUGUAACCUGCUGGCUGUACCUGGAGGUCCUGUGCACCGUGGCAACCGCUUGCUCAGUGUCUGCUGGAGUCCUGCUUCGUGCCUCUGCCCACCCCUGCCCCUGCUGUGGAUUUUUUCUUUUUUUUUUAAUUUUCCCUUUCAAAUAAAUGUGGAUAACAGCUCCUAA